AAAACUACAACAUACAUACAUGUAUACAUGGAUGGUAAUGUUCUAGAAUGAAUCACGACAGUCUGCACUGUGGCUGUGACUAAACCUCUGUUGAGGUGCCUACCUAGACUGCAUUUUGGACAACUAAUGAGUUACCUAAAAAGAGCCUAAAAGAUUGUAAACAAUAUAUAGUUGCUAUGUCUCAAAAGCCAGCGAGCUGCCUUCCUAGCAUCAGAACUUUAAAUGUGCUGGAAAGACUGUAAACAAAAAUGGACAAUACAGUGACUGUGUCUCACAAGCUGCCUACCUAGACAGCAUUUGGUAUAUAGUACAGUAUCAGUAACCUACAAAGAGGAUGAAAGACUUGUAAGCAAAAAAUGGAAAAUGCAGAGUGUGUCACAAAAUCUAGUGAGCCUAGUGAGCAAAAUCUUAGCCUAGCUGGACAGCAUUGUGGAGCAUCAGAUGAAUAACCAAAAGAGAGUCUAAAAUAUGAAAAUACAUAGAAUAUGUCUUAAUAGUGUGCUGCCUACCUAGACUUCAUUUGGGGCAACGUUUGGGCAACAUAACAAAGAACCUGAAAUAUUGUCAAAACCUAAUGAGCUACCUAUCUAGACAGCAUUUCUGGGGCAUCAUAGGCAUGUGUAGCAUUUUUAGGUGAAAAAGUGGAAAAAGCAGGGCAACAUGUUUCUGAUUAAAAUAGUAGCACUGACCGAUCUGUCAAUAGAGAUCUCAAAGAUGAUUUUAGACAGCUUGGCAGCUGCUUUCAAACAUCUCAAAGAGGAAGACAGAAAAUCACAUCUCCAGUCAAAGUGAAACAAAUUCAGUUGUAAAGGGAACGGCCUGGCAUUAACAAGUGUCAGUAAUACAAGGAAAGGGAAAUCAAAUUACUCCAAGACGAAAUAGAGCGACUGAAAGAUCCACAGGAGCCAAACUUCUCAUCUUCACAACUGGACGAGUUGAAGGAGGAGAAUUCCCGUCUGAAAUACCGCCUCAAAAUCCUCAAAACAAGUUUACAAGAAGAGAUGUGCCAAAACGGCAAGACAAUGAUGAACAUCAAUCAGCGCUUGCAGCAGAUCUUUGGGGAUGCCAUCAGUACAUCCUUCCCUGACCUGGAGAACCCUCCAUUGGCAGUCACUCCCAACCAGCAGGCAAAGUUUGGGGAUUACCAGUGUAACAGCGCCAUGGCAAUGUCUCAGAUGUUGAAAGCUAAAGGACAGAAGGUCAGUCCCAGAGAGAUUGCAGAAAAGAUUGUCCAGAACAUUCCUGACAAUGAGUUAAUCGAGAAGACAGAAAUUGCAGGGCCAGGGUUUAUCAACGUUCAUCUCAAGAAGGUGUUUGUGUCCAAACUACUCACAAACCUGCUUUUGAAUGGAGUGCAGCCACCACCUUUGGAGAAGAAAAAAAAGGUAAUCGUGGACUUCUCUUCACCUAACAUUGCUAAAGAGAUGCACGUUGGUCACUUGCGGUCCACCAUUAUUGGAGACAGCAUGUGUCGACUUUUUGAGUUUCUGGGCAAUGAUGUGCUAAGGUUGAACCAUGUUGGAGACUGGGGGACACAGUUUGGGAUGCUCAUUGCUCAUUUGCAAGACAAGUUCCCAAAUUAUCUUACUGUUUCUCCACCUAUUGGUGACCUUCAGGCUUUCUACAAAGAGUCUAAAAAGCGGUUUGAUGAGGAAGAGGAGUUUAAGAAGAGGGCAUACCAAUGUGUGGUUAAAUUACAGAGCAAAGAGCCAGACUUCAUAAAAGGCUGGAACCUCAUUUGUGAGGUUUCCAGAAAAGAGUUUCAGAAGGUCUACAACUGCCUGGAUAUCCGCAUUGAGGAACGAGGAGAGUCAUACUAUCAGGACAUGAUGACAGCUGUGGUGAAAGAGUUUGAGGAGAAAGGCCUGGUGGAGCUGGACGAGGGUAGAAAGAUUGUGUUUCCUCCGGGCCAGUCUGUUCCCCUGACGAUUGUUAAAUCAGAUGGAGGCUACACUUACGAUACCUCUGAUCUGGCUGCCAUCCGAAAUCGGCUGUUUGAUGAGAAAGCUGACAUCAUCAUCUAUGUGACUGACAGUGGCCAGGCAAUGCACUUCCAGAUGAUCUUUGCUGCUGCUCAGAUGAUCGGCUGGUAUGACCCCAAGGUCAGACGCAUAGAACAUGCAGGUUUUGGCGUGGUGCUCGGAGAAGACAAGAAGAAAUUUAAGACUCGUUCAGGGGACACGGUUCGACUAAUGGACCUUCUAGAGGAGGGUCUAAAAAGAUCCAUGGACAAACUGAAAGAGAAGGAGAGAGAAAAGGUGCUGACCCCGGAAGAGUUGGUGAUAGCUCAGCGUGCCGUGGCCUUCGGUUGCAUUAAAUAUGCAGACCUUUCAAAAAACCGCAUCAAUGACUACAUCUUUUCCUUUGACAAGAUGCUUGAUGAUAGGGGAAACACAGCAGCCUACCUUCUCUAUGCCUUCACCCGCAUCAGGUCUAUAGCUAGACUGGCUAAUAUCCAAGAGCCCACCCUACGUAAAGCAGCCGAGACCACAGAAGUUUUACUGGAUCAUGAGAAGGAGUGGAAACUGGGUAAGUGUAUCCUGCGCUUCCCAGAGAUUCUGCAGAAGAUCACAGAUGACCUGCUGCUCCACACGCUCUGCGACUACCUUUAUGAGCUGGCCACCACCUUCACCGAGUUCUAUGAUUGCUGCUACUGCAUUGAGAAGGACCGGCAGACAGGGGAAGUGGUCAAAGUCAACAUGUGGCGGAUUCUCCUCUGCGAAGCCACAGCAGCUGUGAUGGCCAAAAGCUUUGACAUUCUGGGUAUCAAUCCAGUUCAGAGGAUGUAAACUGGUCAAUGCCUCCCUCCUAUGAACAUUGAUGUUUUGGAAAAAGAUCUCAUACCUUUUUCCAAAACAUAAAUGUCCCAAUAGAGUUUUAUGGUAUACCAAAUAAAACUCAUAUGACUGGCCAUAAAAAAAGGUUUGGCUUCCUGUUAAUUUUUCCUCAUAAAUGUCAGACUAGCCAUCUGGACCGUGACGAACAUCCAAAAAAAUCAAAGCUAAAAUAACAAUCUCCAAGGCUACGUCAGAGCUAUCCACUUCUGGAGCGUCCAGCAAUUGGUGUGCUUGGUUUUUACCCUUUUUUUUCUAUAAUAAUUUUAUUGCCAGACAAUAGGAAUGAACUCACUUAUCUUUGGUUUAUGACCUUUACUCAUUUAGUUUUUGGUUGUAUUAUUUCACAAUAUGCAUAAAAAAUUGUUCUCCUUUGAAUUAAUUUCUUAAUAUGUUUUUUAUUCACUGGUGUAUUCAUUGCUGUAUCCACUUUGCCUUUAGCCAGAGGCUUUCAGUGAAUUAUUCAAUUUUAGAUAAAGUAACAUUUCAUUUAAGGUUUUUAAUAGAGUUCAGUGUUUUUCAUGCUCUCGCCAUCAGGAUUAACUGAAAUGGGGGUGAUAAAUGCAGCGUCAACGCCUGAUAAUCUGUAUGAAGAUUAAGUGGAAUGAUUUAAUUCACUUACUGCAUCACUGGUUAUUUACUCAUUGGAUGCGCUGCAACCUGGAUUUUCUUGAUAAUUUUAGGUCUUAGAACUAAAUUAUAGAUCUGAACACUUAAUUAACUGGUUGAGUCUUGGUGAAUCCAUUAGUUUGUUCUAACCUAUUUUAUGACAAUCAGCCAACUUUAAAAAAAAAAUGAAUAUGGGGUUUCAACAAAAAAAGGCCACCUGUACUAAAUGGGUUUAAUGUUUUUCAACUCGUAAUGCAAAAUUGGAAUUUUCAGCUCAACAUUGCUCAUUACUGAUUUUUUAUAAUGCUGUUUUUGAAAACGUGAUCUCAAAAACGUAUUUCAGAGAUUACUACCAUAUACCAUUUUUGGGGGGAAACUAAAGGCCCUUUCACAUGACUUUAAUUGAAAGUAAAGCAUUAGCUACAGCAUGCCCCCAGUGUUGCAUAUUACAGUGUUCAACUUACUAACUAACUAACUACAACUUUGCCCCAAUUUGUCGCUUUCUUUUCAAAACUGCAAUGAUUACCGAAAAUGUCAAAAAACAUAUGCAGUGUUUGUCUUUUCAGUGACUAUUCUAACUUCACACCCACGUUUGGUGUGCUUUUCCUGUUACUUGUAAUUGCAACAUUUGUAUGUCAUAUCAUGUUAAUAAAAUAAGUAAAGUCAUUAUUGUAAGAUAUAAAGUCGGAAUUGCAAGAAAUGUAACUGUGAGAUAUACAGUUGCAAUUGCGAGAUAAAAAGUCACUAUCGCAAGAAAUAAAGUGAGUUGCAAUUGCGAGAUGUAAAGUUGCAAUUUCGAGAAAUAAAGUUGAUAUUGUGAGAUGCAAUGUUGCAGUUCAGAAAUGUUUUUGUUAUUACGAGGAAAAAAUGUCACCAUUGCAAGAUAUAAAGUCACAAUUAAGACUAUUUCUCAUAAUUGCGAGAUAGAAAGUUGCAAUUGCAAGAUUUAAGGCCACAGUAAUGAGAUACAAAAAGAUUUUUCUCACAAAUACAAUUUACAAUUGUCACGACUCACAAAUGUGUCAGAAUUACUUUCUUUUUAUUCCAUUGUAGGAUCAAGGGAAUCACUAGGACUUUUUUCUAAACUCAGAUUCAUGUUUUCACUCUUUACUUUGUACAUAUCAUACCUAACAGCCUCAUACAGUACAAAUGACCCUCAUACAAUCAGCCUUCUGUGACACUAUAACGCUUUUCAUCUGCAAAGCCUUCAUAUGGAGGUCAAAGCUGUGCAUUAUGGCUGCAUUGAGAGGUGCAUUGAAGUGAUGACUCGUGUCAAGUGAUUUUUUUUUUU